UGUCGCGGUGAUCCGAACAGCGAUUGCCUGAACAGGGCAUUCGUUCUGUAGUGUUGUGCAGUUAUCAGUUACUUCAUAGAUGUAUACCUCUGUCUUGUUCUAUAUCAAUUUAUACACAUACAUAUGCAUAUGUAGUUGUGAAGUGGCCAGGUGAGCGCCGUUUGGCGCGCCAGCAGUGCGAACAUGGAUGUUGCGAUGGUGGCAUUGCAUCGUACGACAAAGUGAAGAUUACGAAGUUGAAAGGAAGACAACGAAGAAAGAGGAGAAAGAAAAAAGGGACAAAGAGGGAAAAAGGGGUAGCAAACAACAAGUGAAUGUCCAUGAAGUGAAUAACUAAAUUGAGGAUGUGGCUUGAAGUGUGCAAGUUCUUAGGUUUAUCAUUAUCGCUGUGGUUCCUAUUCGUGUCAUCUGCUUCGUUAACGGAACAAGAUAGCAAACAAAACGAAGUUUCGGUGUGAGAUCUCUUCUUCGUCCUUUUUUCUUCGUCUUCUCGUGGAAGUUUAUUCUCUUUAUCCUCUGACACUUUGUUCUCCUACGACAGUGGCGCGAGAGAGCGACUGAGAAGUCCUUAAACGAUAAGCAAUAGGCGAUGGCCGACAAAGUAUAGGUGGCGCCGGCUAGUGGCGGUUGGAGGAGCGAGACCCGGGUGCGGAUUUGGCGGGUUGCUAAGCAACGCUCCUGAGUGUGUGAUCCCUGUAUAGUAUGCGGUGCUGCCCUCCUCUCCACUCGGAACAUCGUACACGAACAUCUAGCGAGAACCAAACAGCGCAGAUUCGAGCAGCAGCAGCAAGCCGACCCACAGACUAUGGCGACGGCCAGGACAAUAAGCUAGCCGUCGUCGCCCAAUUACAGUUGCAACUACGUGUAAUCUGUUAGUAUCUGCAAUUCAACUCGAUUUUGGUCAGAUUUAUCGUUGAUUGUACAUCGGUGUUGACUUACGUUAUUUCUAAUACGUUACGUUAUUCCUGCUCAGUCAGUCACGUCUCAUCCGUUCAGCCGUUGCUAGCAACGUCGAAUCGUCUGCAGGAAUCGCAGUGUAUCCGAACUUGAUUCAUUGAGCAGGAACUAUCUGAAAGUCCCUAAAUAGCUAAACUGGUAGAUGAAACAAAAUCAAUAACAAGCUGAACUCGGAGCUAAUCCGGGGCGACAUUAUUCGGUGCGUUCUUGAACGUCGUCUACCAGUCAGCCAGCGCGCUGAGUUUACUGUUAGGUCUCGCUGGCAAGUCUGCUUUACAGUCGGUGUUCGAUUCUCAGUGAUAGGCCAUACCAAAUAAUCUAACCUGAAGCAGCAGAAAAAUAUCCAGAUAUAAAUCCGCAGAGACGAAAUCAUUCGUCGUUAUCAUUGCUCGAAUGUAUUUGAGUGUGUGUGUGUGUGUCUGUGUGUGAGCUGAAAGAUAUCAUCAGAUCAUUACGAUCACUGCUCUGUUCCCUUCUUUAAUGUGUUGCUGCUGCUGCUACAAGCAAGGGUACCAUAUAACCAGAAGAGAGAAUUAAACGGGGUCGAACAAGGCAGGCGUUUGUAGCAGUGCGCGCUAACGGAGCGCCAGUUCGAUUGCGUGCAGGCACCAUUCAGGCCGGAACGACAGUAUCCUCUUGUACGAAACAGGAACCGACGGAAAGAAAGACCACAACAUUGAAUGGUCAGGUAAAGCCACUAUUGACUACCUGGCAGCUGAUUGAAUCAACGGAACAUUGGCGUCGACGUCAAUCACGAUUCGAGUGCACGCAAGCGGUAGCGUACUGUCGGAAGAAGCUGGUCGUGAGUAGUGGGCGAGCGAGGACGAUCGUUUGCGAAGAAGGCGUAGACAGUCGAUGACGUUAAAGAAAUUAGGCCAAACUGAACACCUCGCUGGUUAUUCGUCAAAAGUCAAUAAGAAAUUGUGAGAAUCCAAUCAAGUUGGAGCCAAUUUUGCAACAACUCGAAUCGCGCACUGCCUCGCUUGGGCAGUAGAUGCAGAUCUUGGUUUAACACUAACUAGCCAAGCAAAGAAACGUUACAAGAAGUUGAAUAAACAGAUCACGAAAUUUAUCAGCAGAAAAGAAACACUGGAGAGGAGCGACUCGCUUGUGUACGCAGGGAUACUGCACUUAGGACGACGUUUACCUCGUCCCAUUGAACGAAAUCCCGAGCAGCUGGCAACACGGUCAGUGCCCGUUUCGUGUCGCAGGAAGCCCUUUGCGGGCCCAACGGUGCAACGGAGGCUGACGGACAUGAACCUCGACGAACAACGCACCAUCAUCAUUCUCGGGUCAGGCGGAGGCGAAGGAGCGCGGCGCCUGCCACCCACUCCACCACAAGAGAAGAACGUUUGUUGCUCAAAUCUCUUCCGAGAUGCGGGGUCUGCCUUCUCGCAGCGUCAAGAAGCGGGUCGUCGGGGUCUUCUGGCGCGUCGGGCUGCUCCCUAACAAAGGAGUGUGAGCUCGUAGUCGGAGGCAUAGCAAUGGACACGUCGCACCCGGCGUCGCCGCCCCCAUCGGGCAAAGACAUCUCGCAGCACUCAUCCACCGUGCAUCCCCCACCGCCCGCUGCCUUUCCGCCCGCAGCACACUUUCGCACGGGCUACAAUGUCGGUGGCAAGGACCCUGGUGCCUCAAAUAGUACGGGAUACUGUACAAAAAUCUUAACGGUGUUCUCGAUACUUGUGAUCGGGGCGACGUUCCCAUUUUCGCUAUGUCUGUGUAUCAAGAUCGUGCAGGAGUACGAGCGAGCCGUCAUCUUUCGACUAGGUCGCCUACUUCAAGGAGGCGCCAAAGGACCAGGUUUGUUCUUUAUCAUCCCGUGCAUCGACACCUACAGCAAGGUUGAUCUCCGUACUGUGUCUUUUGACGUGCCACCUCAAGAGAUACUCUCAAAGGACUCCGUGACGGUGGCUGUAGACGCUGUCGUAUACUACCGCAUCAGCAAUGCCACAAUCGCCAUCACAAACGUGGAGGACUACGGUCACUCCACUCGCCUGCUGGCCGCCACCACCCUUCGAAACGUCCUCGGAACCAAAAACCUCUCGGAGAUCCUCUCCGAGCGCGAGUCCAUCUCGCAUGUAAUGCAGUCUUCCCUCGAUGAAGCGACAGAUUCGUGGGGAGUAAAAGUGGAACGAGUUGAAAUCAAAGACGUUCGACUGCCCGUGCAACUCCAGAGGGCCAUGGCGGCUGAAGCAGAGGCGACUCGAGAAGCCAGGGCAAAAGUUAUUGCCGCAGAAGGAGAGCAAAGGGCCUCGAGGUCGCUCAAGGAGGCGGCCGAGGUGAUCGCAGAAACGCCGUCAGCGUUGCAACUACGUUAUCUGCAGACGUUGACGUCAAUCGCUGCCGAGAAGAACUCGACGAUCGUGUUUCCUCUACCGAUGGAAAUCAUGCGGAGCAUCAUUUAUUCACAUCAACACAGUAACAACACACAUUACCAAGGCAACAGUCAACACAACGGCGGGAGCAGCGCUGGCACCCACGAAAAGAACAGCCGAAAUAUGCGGACGCAACAACAUCAUACCGACAAGGACCUGGGUAGAGGAGAAACUUUGGCCGUUAUACAAGAUCAGCGACUCGAGGAGACGAUGAGCCCACCGAGCCGUUCCCACCGCUGCCGGAUGAAGAGAUCUUAGAUGUGCCUCUCAUAUCAUAGUGGGGCACCAAUAGAAAACGCACGACGCAAGAUGAAUAUGCGCGGGAAAUGCGACGCGAGAAGGAAUAUGUCUCUAGUGCUCAGCAAUGAUCGAAACAGGAAAACAAAAUGAUCAUUACGGGGAGUAGAGAAGAAUUAGAAAAGGCAAAAAGAACGCUUCAGUCAAGUCGGUGUCUUCAUAGUCUACUCCCGUUGGGCUAAUUCUAUAGGGCCAAUAAAACCCUAAGAUAAAAGAUAUGCAUAAUAAAAUAAAGAGAAUUUCUCUCCUAGUUACUUUCCAUUAGUCUUACCUGAUGCCGCGCACAUUUAUGGCAAUAGUCUAUCUUUCUACAAUAAAAUGUAUAGCAUUUUGUUGCUAGCUAAAAAAGAAAGCCAAACACAAUUGCUCCCUCCAUAUUACCUCGGCUAAAGAACUUAACGACACUAUAAAUGAUAUUGUGGCUGAUUUCCUAAAAAAAUUGAACUUUUUAGUAACAUUCAAAAGUACUACUCAACAAAUGACAAUUUUUUUGUCCAUUCCAUCCUAGCUAAAAACAAAUUUUCUCUCCUCAAAAGUAUAUGGGCUCGACAGUUACAUUAAGAUAAGGUUAUGGCUGAUAACGACUGAUGCUUGAGCGUUCGCCGGACGAGAUCGUGGAACGGAUGUGCCCUGACGGUUGAUGGUGUCGUACGAGGAAAUGUUCAGAAGGGAAAUAUGCUGCUUACAGGCGUAGCAAAUCGGCAUCAUGGUUCUUUCAGGACUGUGGUGUCCUUAGCUGUUACUGGGCGGUACUCAUCGUGCUGGUGUCGCACUGCAGCACUCACCGCCGUUGUGAGUGUUUGUUGUUAUUAACGGUAAAUAUACUUGCAGUUAUGAACCGGACAAUCGGUAGUCAUCAAGCCAAGAUCAUAAUGUUAUCUACAAAAUACGAGGAACUAGGAAACAAUACCAUGAUGAUUACAUGAAAUACAAUGCGAAGCGGAAAGCGGAAAAAAGAUCAAACACACCAACAGCUGUAGUGUCUCCGCCCAACACAUGACCCACAAAAUGCGGGAAAAGAAAACAGCAAUCUCCUAUACCAAACUAUAAUGAGGUACUAUUUAUUUUACCGUCAACAAUAACAAAACUUCUGACGACUUUUGACGAUCCAACGAAACUAAACGAUAGUUAAUAACACAAUAUCCAAGUAACAAUGCACUUAAUACAAGUAAUGCUACUACCCUAAUAACAAUAACUACCGAGAAAAACACUGUAUACUCUAAUCGAUAUAAAUGUAUGGAAAGGACGAUUGAACAUCGGCCGUGUUGCGCGGCCUCCAAAUAGCUCUUUACCCCCCCCCCCCCGCCCUUCGCCCCCGAACCUUUAACUCUUUGACAAAAAUCAACUUCCCACUCGAAAACCAAUCACUUGAAGAGAAAAUGACUGGAACAAGAAGAUGAUCAUAUCGACGACAUACGUUAAAUAAUUUACGAAGAGAAACAAUAACGACAACAAAUCAAUAAUAUUUGAGCGUGUAGCAAACCUCAACAAGCAAAAGAUACUAUAGAAAUAUUCACUGAUAUCUUAACUAGAACAGAUGGGGCAGGCUGUUUCAGAAAACUUGAAAGCAGCCAGCAUAACUAAAAGCUGUUGGUAAAAAUAAAAAACGAGUAAAUGCAAAGUGUGAAUCACACUUGUUUGAAGAUGUAAUCUAACAAAUCAAUGUUAAAACUGACUGCCCAAGCCCCGUGGUCCUCCUCGGGGGAAAUACGGAGAACGGUGCGGCUUCACUGGCAUGGACGUGCGGAGGACCCUAUCAAUUUAGUCUAAGCAAACGAAUAAGAACAUAGGGAACAGAUAAGAAUCACCAUAUUUUGUAUACUAUGAGCAAUUUCAGAAAGUCAAAUAAAGAAAUCAAGCUCGCCAAAGGACCUUCGCCCUGUCCCUACCGGGUCGUCACAGCCAUGUCUCUUAUUCACUGCCAACACGAUUAUAACCAGAGAGAGUAAAACUGAAUGCGUAAAAAUAGCACGACCAAGACUAGUUAAAAACAAUACAACACGAACAGCGUGUUAUCAAUGAUCUGCAGAAGUGCUGCAGACACAAACGUGCACAGGCCUAAAAAAGGCAUUGAGGUAAUAUCAACCUGUAUGAAUUAAGAGAGAAUGAAAGACAUGCAAAGGAUAAACAAAAGCCGUAGAACUUAACAAGCAAAGCACAAUAACUCUAAUGCGCAAUCCAACAUUGAUGACUUCGAUCGACAGCCACGAUCAUAACGAAAAAAAUCUUCGUUGAGGCACAGAGCAGAGCGAACGAACGUGGUCACGUUGCCUUACCUCACCUUAUGUAAUAACAUUAUACAGGGAACUCGAUUUUACAUUUGUGCACGCCUUCACAUAUUAUACGCGGCUCGGUUAUUAUUAUUACGUGGCUAUAGGUAUAAUGAGUAAGUGUGAAUCGCUAAUAGUUACAUUUUCAAUUCUUACCUAGCUGAGAUUCCUACUUCAAAUUCAAUGCGUAGCCUUAAUACUUUGGCAGCACGAAUUAAGGUUCGAGGAAACAACAACACAUAGCGAGUAAGGCUGGGAAUUUGGUGGGGGUUACUCACAGGGUGGCGCACUUCAACAGUGAGUGAGCGAGCGAGCGAGCGAGCGAGCAUGCACGAGAGGAGACGGCAUGAAAUGAGCUAUAACACUGGCAUUCGUACGGAAUUUUAGGGCUGAUAAUUAAAAUCAAAUGCGGCGUGUGGAUGGAAUAGCAAGAAGUUUGACACGAGGCUAACAGUUUAAUCGAUAGGAUGACCAUCCGACCCCGAGGUCAGUCAGGGCCAAUUGGUAAUCUUCCAUUCCCGUAGCAUUGUGUACAAUUAUACAGUAUGCAGACCAUAGGCGAUUUAAUUCUAUGACUUUACUGCUAGCUAUCUAUAGCAAACUAACGAGAUACGUCAUUGAGGCCCCUUCUAGCUAACACUUAACGCGGCAUCUCUAGGGAUUGCUUAUAGAAGAAGUAAAGUUGCCUCUCUACUAAAUUAUAUACUAAGUUUAUUAUACUCAUGCGGAUUAUAAUAACGACGACAUUCCAUUUGUAUACAGCUCACGAAUUGGGGUUGUAUAAGGCCGAUGAUCAUAAGCGGUGGAAGAGGUUUCGCUAAAAUAUAAGCUGAACGGAUGACGAUGGCUGACUCUCCUCGGAACUAAUCAGAACAAAAUGAGAGAAACGAAAGAUUCGUGAAUGAAGCGUAUUGGUCUAGUAUUUGAGGACAAUGUGAAACAGGCUGUAUGUAUCUGAUAAUACAAUAAGUGUAUGGUACUGACGUACUAAAAACUGCGAGAAAUAUCAACCGAGGCGGCAACAAUAUCUAUAUUCAUGUGUAAAUCAGAUUGAUCGAUCGAAUCUUCUGUUGUCGCUAACCGUAGCGAGACCAUCUUAGUAACGCUGUUAUAAUGAUGCGUUAUCAUAUUCAUUGAUAGUGGACAAUGUCAACGUAAACAAUUCAUUAACUAACUAUAUAAUUAUGACAAUAGCGUAACGCGAAUUGUACGCAAGAGAAGAUUCAACGACGUAACUAAUCGUUGAUGAAUACUACUUCUAGUAUUAAAAGUAAUGCUAACGCAACGACGUCAACUCGCGUUCCACCAAAACAUCCCUGUCGAACCUGUGAGCUUCCAACGGGAUAGACUCUUAUAACGUACACAAUCCAAAUAGAUUUUUCGAAGCAGAGAAAACAAAAAAAAACUCGACGAACGAAAACGCAGACAACUCGAGCAGAUAGAGAAGAAAUAGUAUAACAAAUAAAUACUCUAUCUUGUUGCUAUAAGCACUCGUAUAAAGAACAGCAAGCAAUUGAAGCAGGUGGCAGAAAACUAACUGCAGAUAGGGUAGGAGACGAGAAAAUUAUAUAGGAAGAUUUACAGUGACAAUUCAAUAGAGGCACUAGGAAAGAAAGACCACUGAUUAACAGCAAAGACAAGCAUCAUCCCCUAAGUGGUAGUUAAAAACACACCAAUACACACAGACGCACGCGCGCGCGCCUACACACACACACACGUCUAUGCGUAAACAUACCUUACAUACAGAGAAAGACAGGUUGGAUUCAACAUAUAUCGUCCAAUCACCACGCUAGCAUUAUGUGUUUGUAAAUUAUUACAACGCAUUGUCAAUGGCCUCCGUUCUGCUCACGAACGAAUGCCGUAACGUGGGAAGAAGAACAGCCGUUUGCGAGUGAUCACGAUAAUGACGACUGUUAGCGGAUCAGACGAAGCUGAUUUGACUGAACCCACGAUACUCGAAGCGUGCAUACAGAGAACGAAAACGUCCAGUUUUAAAUUGAUUGCGCUUGACCUUUGUAUGGCCGCAAAAAGGCAUAGGACCGUCGUAAAGGUAAAUAUGGGAAAAAUAAUGUAAAAUUUGAGCAUUUGAAGAACGGUUAAAUGAGUCAGUGCAUAAACCCCAACAAUACAAUUUCCUAUUGCGGAGGUCGCGAACUACAUGCACCGGUACCUUGUCGUCGAGCCAAUCGUGCUUUACCCACAAACAUUUGCGAGUGUCCUGACGCCUACACGAGCGCAGACUUACGUGCGCAUGCCAAAUGGGAAUUCUACACAACCAUUUACGAAAUGACGAGAAUUUUCGCUACUCGUUAAUUGUCAAACAGCAAUAACAAGAGCGACAAUAACGUCAACGCUGGAUUACAUAGUCCUCGUUUAAAGUGGAUACCGUUUUACAGAUAUGAACACCUAAUUUUUCGCUUUCGACCAUAAAUACAUACACGAGCAGAGAAGGAGAGCCAGGUGGAACUGCACGUAUUAACCGACGCCCAUUGUCGCAUCAGUCCGGACGCAUCACGUUAAUCAAAGGACCGCAUGCGCCCCACCGAUGCCGACUGAGUCCUUCUGUUUUUCUGUCUGUUUACUCGAGCUCGGGCACAAGCAACGCAUCCUAAAAGGGAGAGUUGUACACAUGGACGCAGAUGGCCAAGCAUGUAUUACGAAUCUAUUCAAAUCAUAACUCGAUCAAUCACUCAACAUUAUUCAUAACUGAUUCAUUUGAUCCCAUACAACUCACAACUCAUUGACCUGUAACGAGACGGAGCUUUUUUGAAACAGUUAAAAGCGAUAACGCUAAUGGCAGACUGUAGACUAACUGCACGGGGCCCGCGGCAGCCGAUCGAUCGAUCGAUUGAUCGACGCUAUUAUCUAAUGCAGAAACGUACUUUCCCUGAGCCCGUCCUCGAAAACUCUCUGACCUCAGACGUGAAAACCCUCAACGCCAAAAACUCCGCUGGAAUUUUUCGGCCUUUCUCUGAACGUCCACAUACCUUCCAUGAAGCUUAGUUCUUGGUUUAGGACAUGCACGCCUCUCGAACAAGGUCGAUAUUCGACAAGAUUUCGUGUUCACACAGGGAUGAAAACCUACAAAAAGCUGACAAGUAGAUCCGUUUGCGCGUGCGUGUUUCUCAGCUACCGCAGCUUAUCCGCCUUUUGAGGCUCCCUUACACCAGGGUCAUACGACAGAAGUUUUUUUUUGUCAAAGAGACUUUGAGUACUGAACCCUGGAUCUUGUAAAGAGAAAACAAACGGACGAAGAGGAUGAAAGCAACAAUAGACUGUGUAUAGUCAAAAAACGGUAAUGAUGAUAAUAGUAAUAAGAGUAAUAAUGACAGUGAAAUGAGAAACGAAUACAGAUAAAUGAGAAAUAUACAGGCGCGAGAAAGCACGCACCAGAGAUCACGAGAAAUGAAUCGACUUAUUGAGUAAGAAAAAGAAGCGAAACGAUGGUGAUACGAUGCGAUAAUAAAAAAAUAUUAAUAACAUCAUUCCUAUGUUACGCUGUAAGAGAGGAAAAGAAAAACAGUUGACGGGGAGCGAACGCGUUAAAGGAAGAAAACACGGGAUCACAAAGGAACGGUAAAUCAGGCACGAUCGCGGAAGCUUAGAGUUGACCUCGAUUCGUUGGUUGAGCACGCAGUGGCCUCUCAACCAAGUCUUGCUUAGCUACAAACACGAAUCCGGCUUGGAAAUCCUUGAACGACACGAUUUUUUGGCGGAAUGACCGGCCAUAUUUAGCUGAGGAUGUGACAUUUGUGCCAACUGUAACGUCCACCAGCUCUGGGAAUUCCGGCCGAAUUUUUGGUGCUAAUUCGAAAAACUCUCAAAAAUCCGACGUGAAAAAAUCUACACGAAAAUAGGCCAGACAUCUCGUCCCACAGUUAAUAACCACGCUCCAAAAGCUAGAAACGAUUACUACGACGAGCAACAAUGACACUGACGGCAAUUGUUAGCGUAAUGGGCAAUGGUAUAUAUAGGAAUUGCACACACACACACACACGCACACACACGCACACACACACACACACACACACACAUACGCACACACACACACACAUAUAUAGGCAGGGGAAUAACAUCAAAAAAAAAAAUAACACGAAACAGAACGAUAGAUUACAAUCUACAGCCAUUAUUAUUGUGGUUACUACCAGAAUGACUACCAGCUACGCUCGAUAAUGAUGACGUAAGUCAAGUACAGCGACUGUACACGCCACCGUAAUGGGGGCUUAAUGCAAACCGACCUGUAUAUCUAUUUGAUGAAACUACUCCAAUUAGCAGUUUAUGAAAUAUGGUUUAGAAACUUGACGAUAAUCGAAAAAGACUGAAGCAAAACACCGUAAAGGCCAAAAAAAAAAAAAAAAAAAAAGCAAAUGAACGUUUUUGACCCAUUCUACUCUAUAUCGUACACACCUCGCUACUCCAUAGACAUAAAUAUGGAAGAAUUGAAUACUUCAAGCCAUCCUGCUCAUACUAACAACAACAACAACAACAACAACAACGAUUGUAAUGGAAACAUAGCAGAAACCCAACGACAAAUAUCAAUGAUCUUAGACUAUGUCUACGAGCUCAUCGCACCGUGUGAUACUAUUCGCGUACCGAUUAUAAAUAAUAACAAUAAUCGCAAUAGUAAUAAACACCUCGAAGUUAUGACCCGGAACGGCAACAGUAAAGUAACAACAGAACAUAGAACAACAACAACAACAGUCAACAUCAAUCGAGCUAAUUGUCGAUUACGAAUAUCGGAACGACGCAUCUCAUUGUGGGCCCUGAGCUGUUUAUAGAACGAUAUAUAAAGUGACGGAAAUUAUGAUUACACACAGUAAUUAACAUAACUAUAAAUAGAUAUAUAACGUAGAGAAUUGACGAUGACGUGACGGUAUUUUGAAAGAACUAAUAGGGUAGUGCAUUUUCUGAUUAACAACCACUGAAAAUUAGUACGACUGUAACAAUUGGAUAGCAACAACAAUGGCGGCGGCGGCGGCAGGGGCAGCAGCAACAACAACAACAAACGGGUAUUACUGCAAUGGUGAUAGUGAGUAUAAUUGAGAGCUAGAAAGGAGAGAGAGAGAGAGAGAGAGAGAGAGAGACGAAAAAAGAUCAGG